UUUGCAAUGAAUGUUCUCGAGUUUGUCGUGAACAUGUGCGAACAGAGCGAACCUCAUUCGCGAGGUUUGGUCGAGCACGUGCUAGAUCUAAAAAGGAAAAGACGGAUUUAGCCGCGGAUGAUUUUCAGACUGCAUCUUCGGCAACUUCGUUGAAAUGUCUCGAUUACACGAAAUCUCGCAGCCAGCAGACUGUCUAACACGGAGGAGAUGGCAGCUCCAACAGAAGCACAAGUGAAACAAAGAAUCGUCGGGCAUAUGAACAAGGACCAUCAAGAUUCGGUAAUCCGCUAUGCAGAGUAUUACGGGAAAGCAUCGCGAUUUACGUCUCGCAAUGCUGUUCUACAAGAUGUCGCGUUGGAUAAGCUUACCAUUGUUACGGGCGGGAAGACCAUCAUCAUUCCCCUUGAUCCACCUAUGCAGGGUCUAAAAGACGCCCGCGAACGACUUGUCGAAAUGGAUAAGCAAGCGCUCGCUGGCCUAAAUCGAAGUCCAAUCACUCUAAAGGAGUAUAAGUUCCCGAAGGGGUUUCCCGUGCUCGUAUUUGUCGCAUGCCUGGGCACAUACCUGUUGUAUUCGAGGGAGCGGAAUAUGUUGCCUGGCUCAUGGCUCCAUGACAUGGUGCUGAAACAUAUACCGAGCUUCACGUCGUUUGCCUUGAAGAUGCGAAACUACAUCAUUUGGCCAAUGCUGGUUAUUCAUAUUACGGAGGCUUCCAUCAUGAUGAACACUUUAAAGAAAUAUUCAGUCCCAUUGUUCAGCCGAAUUUGGUGGCUGUGGACUGUGUCCUGUUUUAUAGAGGGCUACGACUCUUUCAGAAGGAUUCGAGCUUACGAGAAGGAGAAGCUUGGGAAAUCAGUGCAGCACUAGGAUCUCGAGUUGCUCUUUAUGGGGCCCUAAAGCAUUUUUUAUGAAUAAAAAUAUAGAGCAUUUUCCAGAGGAGUGCCAGUCCACGAUCCUUGGCUCACCUACUGCUUACUGGAGGUUACUGGUGCACAGCACAAAGCCAUCGAACUGAGAACUGUAAAGUCUUACCAACUCUGGUUAUAGUGCCUCUGCAGUCUCAUAACAUAAACCAAGCUUACCACAUUCGAGAUUGGAAAUGUGAAAAAUCGCAAUAUUGUCGCAAACGCAGGAGCCUCAGCGGGUCUUUCCGAGUGCCUCUCUUAAUCUCAAUCUCAAUCCGA